GUUCAAUUCAUAGUUUUCUAAUAAUUUUCUUGUAGUAUAGUUAAAUCGAGGUAUAAACUACUCAAUUUUACUUACAUAUAUUUAAUACUGUCUAACCAUGAGACCUGAAGUUGAACAGGAACUUUCCCAUACUUUAUUGACCGAGCUUUUAGCUUACCAAUUUGCUUCUCCAGUUCGUUGGAUUGAAACUCAAGAUGUUUUCUUACAACAACAUAACACUGAGAGAGUUAUUGAAAUUGGACCUUCUCCAACUUUGGCUGGUAUGGCUUCUAGAACUAUCAAGGCCAAAUAUGAAAGUUAUGAUGCUGCGUUGAGUUUACAACGUCAAGUUUUAUGCUACUCUAAGGAUGCUAAGGAAAUUUAUUACUUGGAAGAUGCUCCAGCUCCUGAAGCUCCUGUCGCUGAAACUCCAGCUCCUGCCGCUGCUACUCCAGCUCCUGCUGCUGCCCCAGUUGCUGCCGCCCCAGUUGCCGCUGCUGCUCCAGUUGCUGCCGCUGCUGAAAUCCCAGAUGCCCCAGUCACUGCAUCUCAUUUAAUUCACGUUCUUGUUGCUCAAAAAUUAAAGAAGCCACUUGAAGCUAUUCCUCUUUCUAAAACUAUUAAAGAUCUUGUCGGUGGUAAAUCUACGGUUCAAAACGAAAUCUUGGGUGAUUUAGGUAAGGAAUUUGGUUCUACCCCUGAAAAGCCAGAAGAUACCCCGUUGGAAGAAUUAGCUGAAACUUUCCAAGAAACCUUCUCUGGUGCCUUGGGUAAAACAUCCACAUCUUUAAUUGGUAGAUUAAUGUCUUCCAAGAUGCCCGGUGGAUUUUCUAUCACCGUUGCUAGAAAGCAUUUACAAACUAAAUAUGGAUUGGGUGCUGGUAGACAAGAUUCUAUUUUACUUUUAGCGUUAACUCAAGAACCAUCAGCUAGAUUGGCAUCCGAAGUUGAAGCCAAGGAAUUCUUAGAUUCUGCUGCUACCAAGUAUGCCGGUAUUGCUGGUAUUUCCUUAAGUUCUGCCGCUGCAGCUGGUGCUGGUGCUGGCGGUGCUAGUGGUGCUGUCAUUGACAGUGCUGCUUUAGAUGAAAUUACUGCUGAAAACAAGAAGUUGGCUAGACAACAAUUGGAGGUCUUGGCAAGAUACCUUCAAUAUGAUUUGAAUAGUGGUGCUAAAUCCUUUGUCAAGGAAAAGGAAGCUACCGCCGUUUUACAAAAGCAAAUCGAUCUUUUUGAAGCUGAACACGGUGAAGAUUACUCCAAUGGUAUCAAGCCUUCUUUCUCCGCUGCAAAGUCAAGAACUUAUGACUCCUACUGGAAUUGGGCUAGACAAGAUGUUCUUUCUAUGUGGUUUGAUAUUAUUUUCGGUAAGUUGAACUCAAUUGAUCGUGAGACAAUCUCUCAAUGUAUUCAAAUCAUGAACAGAGCCAACCCUACUUUAGUAAAGUUCAUGCAAUACCAUGUUGAUCAUGUUCCAACUGAAAAGGGUGAGACUUACGAAUUGGCCAGAAAGUUGGGUCAACAAUUGAUCGAUAACUGUAAGCAAACUAUGUCAGUUGACCCAGUUUAUAAGGAUGUCAGCAGAAUCACUGGUCCUUCCACUGUUGUUGACCAUAAGGGUAACAUUAACUAUGCUGAAGUUAACAAGGAGUCUGUUAGAAAGUUCGAACAAUAUGUUUAUGAAAUGGCUCAAGGUGGUAAGCUUUCCAAGACUUCUGAACCAACUAUCCAAGAAGACUUGGCCAAGGCAUACAAGGCUAUUUCUAAACAAGCUUCCUUAACCAAAUCCACUAAGUUGGAAGUUCAACAAUUGUAUGAACAAUUAAUCAACUACGUCAAUGAAUCUAAGGAUAUUGAAAUUUCUCAACCAGCUACCGCUGUUAUUCAAUCUGGUGCAACCACUCCAACUGAAGAUGAUGAAACCACUGCUUCUGAAGAUGACGAAAUUGCCUCUUUACCAGACAAGACUUCAAUCUUACAACCAGUUUCUUCUACCAUUCCUCCACAAACCAUUCCUUUCUUGAACUUACAAAGAAAGGAUAAGAACGGUCACUGGAACUUCGACCGUAAGUUGUCUUCUGUUUACUUGGAUGGUUUGGAAAGCGGUGCUAUCAACGGUUUGUCCUUCAAGGACAAGUAUGUUUUGAUCACUGGUGCUGGUGCAGGUUCUAUUGGGGCUGAAAUUUUGCAAGGUUUAAUUUCUGGUGGUGCUAAGGUUAUCGUUACUACUUCCAGAUUCUCCAAGAAGGUUACCGAGUACUACCAAACUAUGUAUUCUCGUUAUGGUGCAACCGGAUCUAUUUUGACCGUUGUUCCAUUCAACCAAGGUUCCAAGCAAGAUGUUGAAGCUCUUAUUGAGUACAUCUACAAUGACCCAAAGAAGGGUGGUUUAGGCUGGGACUUGGAUGUUAUCAUUCCAUUUGCCGCUAUUCCAGAAAAUGGUGCUGGUAUUGAUGGUAUCGAAGGUAAGAAUGAAUUAGCCCACAGAAUCAUGUUGACCAACUUAUUGAGAUUAUUGGGUAAGGUCAAGCAAAUGAAGACCAAUGAUACCAGACCAGCUCAAUGUAUCUUGCCACUUUCUCCAAACCAUGGUACUUUUGGUUUCGACGGUUUGUACUCUGAAUCUAAGAGUUCUUUGGAAACUUUAUUCAACAGAUGGUACUCUGAAGAUUGGGGUACUAAGUUGACUGUUUGCGGUGCUAUUAUUGGUUGGACCAGAGGUACCGGUUUGAUGUCUGCCAACAACAUUGUUGCUGAAGGAAUUGAAUCCUUGGGUGUAAGAACUUUCUCCCAAAAGGAAAUGGCUUUCAACAUCUUGGGUUUGUUAACUCCAGAAAUGGUUCAAUUAUGUCAAGAGGAACCAGUCAUGGCAGACUUGAAUGGUGGUUUGCAAUUCAUUAAGAACUUGAAGGAAUUUACUUCUGGAUUAAGAGGUGACUUAACUCAAUCUGCUGAAAUUAGAAGAGCUGUUGCCAUUGAAACUUCUAUGGAACAAAAGGUUAUCAGUGGUGACAAAUUAGAUGCCAACUACUCUAAGGUCACCGUUCAACCAAGAGCUAACAUGAAGUUUGAAUUCCCAACCUUGAAAUCUUAUGAUGAAAUCAAGAACAUUGCACCUGAAAUGGAAGGAAUGCUUGACUUGGAAAACACUAUUGUUGUUACUGGUUUCGCUGAAGUUGGUCCAUGGGGUAACGCCAGAACUAGAUGGGAAAUGGAAGCCAAGGGAGAAUUCUCUUUGGAAGGUGCCAUUGAAAUGGCUUGGAUUAUGGGUUUGAUUAAGUACCACAAUGGUAACUUGAAGGGUAAACCAUACUCUGGUUGGAUUGAUGCUAAAACCCAAACUCCUGUUGAAGAUAAGGAGAUUAAGUCUAAGUAUGAAGAUGAAAUUUUGGCCCAUGCUGGUAUUCGUCUCAUUGAGCCUGAAUUAUUCAACGAUUAUGAUCCAAAGAAGAAGACCUUGUUGCAAGAAGUUAUUAUUGAAAAUGACAUGGAUGGCUUUGAAACCUCCAAGGAAAUUGCUGAGAACUAUAAGCAUCAACAUGGUGACAAGUGUGAAGUUUCCGAAAUUCCAGAAACUGGUGAAUAUGUUGUUAGAUUAUUGAAGGGAGCUACAUUGUUUAUUCCAAAGGCCUUGAAAUUUGACAGACUUGUUGCCGGUCAAAUUCCAACUGGUUGGGAUGCUCGUACCUACGGUAUUUCUGAAGAUACUAUCAACCAAGUUGAUAAGAUUACCUUGUAUGUUUUGGUCUCCACCGUUGAGGCAUUGUUAUCUUCUGGUAUUACUGAUCCAUAUGAGUUCUACAAGUACGUUCACGUUUCUGAAGUUGGUAACUGUUCUGGUUCUGGUAUGGGUGGUGCUACCGCUUUAAGAGGAAUGUACAAAGACCGUUUUAUCGACAAGCCAAUUCAAAAGGAUAUUUUACAAGAAUCCUUUAUUAAUACCAUGGCUGCCUGGGUUAACAUGUUGUUAUUGUCUUCUUCCGGUCCAAUCAAGACUCCUGUCGGUGCUUGUGCCACUGCUGUUGAAUCUGUUGAUAUUGGUAUUGAAACUUUGUUGUCUGGUAAGGCUAAGAUUUGUAUUGUCGGUGGUUACGAUGAUUUCAAUGAAGAAGGUUCCUACGAAUUUGCUAACAUGAAUGCUACUUCUAACACUUUGUCUGAAUAUGAUCAAGGUAGAUCUCCAAGUGAAAUGUCCAGACCAACAACUACUUCUAGAAAUGGUUUCAUGGAAGCUCAAGGUUCUGGUAUUCAAGUUAUCAUGAGUGGUGAUUUGGCUCUUAAGAUGGGUGUUCCAAUCUAUGGUAUUUUGGCCAUGACUGCAACUGCCACUGAUAAGAUCGGUAGAUCUGUUCCAGCUCCAGGUAAGGGUAUUUUGACUACUUGUCGUGAACAUCACAACGACUUGAAGUACCCAACACCAAUGUUGAACAUCAAGUACAGAAAGCGUCAAUUGACUAAGAGAUUAGCUCAAAUUAAGUCUUGGGAAGAAGGCGAAGUUGAAUUCUUGAAUGAAGAAGUUGAAUUAGCUCUGUAUGAAUUUGGUCCUGACUUCUCACCAGAAUUGUUCUUGCGUGAGAGAACCGAAGAAAUCUCUCGUGAAGUUAAAAAGCAAGUUGCUGAUGCCAAGAAGCAAUGGGGUAACGAUUUCUGGAAGUCCGAUCCAAGAAUUUCCCCACUUAGAGGAGCUUUGGCUACAUUCAACUUGACCGUUGAUGAUUUGGGUGUUGCUUCAUUCCACGGUACAUCUACUAAGGCUAAUGACAAGAACGAAUCUGCUACUCUUAAUUUAAUGAUGGAGCAUUUGGGUAGAUCUGAAGGUAACCCAAUCUUCGGUGUUUUCCAAAAGUACUUAACUGGUCACCCUAAGGGUGCUGCUGGUGCUUGGAUGUUGAACGGUGCUCUUCAAAUUUUGGAAACUGGUCUUAUCCCAGGAAACAGAAACGCAGACAACAUCGAUGAACAAUUAAGACAAUUCGAACACGUUUUGUACCCAUCAAGAAGCAUUCAAACUGAUGGUAUCAAGGCUGUUUCGGUCACUUCUUUCGGUUUCGGUCAAAAGGGUGCCCAAGCAAUCAUUGUCCACCCAGACUACUUGUUUGGUGUUUUGGAUAGAGCUACUUAUGAAGACUAUGCUGUUAGAGUUACUUCUCGUAACAAGCGUGCUUACAGUUACAUGCAUAAUGCUAUCACUAGAAAUACUAUGUUUGUUGCCAAGGAACAUGCUCCAUAUGUUGAAGAAUUGGAAAAGAGUGUUUACUUGGACCCAUUGGCAAGAGUUGAAAAGUCUAAGGAUGAAUAUUCUUUCACUUCCAAGGGUCUUAAGGAACGUAAAUAUAUCAGUGAAGCUUCAAAGUCCACUGCCAAUGCUUUGGCCAACUUGAACAAGGGUUCUAAGGGUGUUGGUGUUGAUGUUGAAAUGCUCUCUGCAUUAAACUUGGAAAAUGAAACCUUUUUGGAAAGAAACUUUACCCAGGCUGAACGUCAAUACUGUUCAUCAAGUGCUUCCCCACAAGCAUCUUUCACAGGAACUUGGUCUGCCAAGGAAGCUGUCUUCAAGGCUAUGGGUGUUAAAUCCCAAGGUGCUGGUGCUUCUUUAAUUGACAUCGAAAUCGUUAGAAACUCCAACGGUGCUCCAACAGUUGUCUUACAAGGUGCUGCCCAAGAAGCCGCUACUGCUGCUGGUAUCGUCAAUGUGAAUGUCUCCAUUUCCCAUGAUGAUUUCCAAGCUACCGCUGUUGCUUUGAGUGAAUUUGCUUAAUUUGAAUUAUAGUUUAUAAGUAGAAAUUGAAUAUUAUUUAAAACGAACUUAAAAAA